AUGUCUAACCGCCCCAUAGCAGACCACGACACUCCCGACCCAUGGAUCAUAGCUUCACCUUUCCAGCGCGACCUCUUCUACUUAACCUUCACUCUCGGCAACCGCAUCGAAAUAUGGUCUUCCUCAUCCAUAGAGUCCUUCCACGACCGCAACCCCUCCAUCCGCAAAAGCACAAUCUGGCAACCUCCUGGAGGUAGCCCAUGGUCCGCCGACAUCUGGGCUCCUGAACUACACUUCCUCUUCGGCACAUGGUACAUCUACGCAGCAGCCGCUCAACCAGGCCAAGGCAACCCCUCCCACCGCACCAUCGUCCUCCGCAGCAGUAAUCCCUCUGACCCUCUGGACCGUGCGGCCUGGCACUUCGAAGGACCCCUAAAAGGCCUGCCACACGAUCAAUGGUCCAUUGACGCGACCGUCUUCUCCCCUGACCCAGGUUUGUCGUCUCACAGUCCAGAUGGUCGAGGCGGCUACCCCGACGACCAGCGAAGAUGGUACAUCGUCUACUCCGGCUGGCCCCUCGGCGAUCACAGCGACACCCAACAAGACCUCUUCAUCGCAAACCUCCGCUCCCCACUUGAAGCUCACCCACAAUCUCUCCAAUGCAUUUCUCGCGCCGAACUCCCCUGGGAACGACCCGAAAACGGCCGUCGCGGCGUCAACGAAGGGCCCUCCUGGGUCGAUAUUGCGCCCACAGCACAAUCCCCUGGCUGGCGAGGGAUAGUCUACAGCGCCCACGGAAGCUGGACGAGCGAGUAUAAACUCGCGGUCGUGCAGUACACCGGCGGCCCACAGGACGACUGCUGUAACCCUGCUCUGUGGCGGAAACGCCAACACCCCCUCCUUGUUAGUGACAAGGCGGCAGGUGGCCCCUUCGGUCCAGGUCAUGCAUCAUUCGUCCCAUCACCAUAUAACGACGGCGCCGUCUUCUGUAUUUACCAUGGAACCGAGCGCGAAGACGAAGGCUGGGCAAACCGUAAGGGCAGAGUGUUAUGUCUUCAACCGAAUUGCUUCACGGAUCAGUCCGCGACGAUGUGUUGUGCUUAUACUGUCUGUGGACCUGUGCAGGGUGGGAUGAUGCCGGGUCAGGUUGGUGGGCAGCAUGCACACGGUCAUCAUGGUCAAAGUAGUAACCAGUAUCCGGGUCAACAUGGGCAGAAUCAGAGUCAAGUUCCCGUUCAACAGGGACAUGGCUCGGCGGGUCGUCAAGGUGGGUUGGACAAGUAUACGGCGGAGAUUGAGAAGAGGAUACCGCAGCAAUAUCAGGGGUAUUUCAACAAGGCGAAGAAGUUCUUCAAGUGA